CCCCGUGUUUUCACCAAGGUGGCUGCGUGUGCCCCCGUGCGCCCUAAGGCUUGCAUUCCUGUGCACUCAACCGGUGGAUCACCAGAGUCCAGUUACACCGACAAGAUUAUCGCUGAUUGGCCUAGUCGUCAGGGUGCUGCCCGUAGGGGAACAUUGAGGGGAAAAUUGACAAAGAUGUGUACAGUGAGGACUACACUUACGGUCAUCUAUUUGUGAAUAAACGCGACACUUGGAAAAAUGCGACCAUUUGGACUACUUCAGCCUACGAGAGCAACAGCCUAAAGAAUAAUGGAUAACAUCGGUCCUAUUUUGUGUACACUUUAAAGUAGAAUCUCUGUUUUCAGUAUUUGGAUUGGCUUCACCUCUGGUAUCCAUCAGAGCUACCGGGGACGCGUAGCCCUCAGAGCCAACAGGGGAGUGGCUUUGGGUGUGAGUCACGUUCGGGUGUUGAAGUUUAACAGAUGUACCGGGAGGAGAAGAAGACGGUCCAUAACGGUACGGUAAACAAAUAACUCUGGAUCUUAACGGCGCAUUUGCCUGUUGAAUCUCAACCCUCUACAAUUACUUAUUCUCAAAGAAGUACACUACAUUCACUCUGAAACGUACGAAGUAGGAGGACUGUAUCCAAGGAGCCGUGCACUUUCAGGAUGUUUGCAGACUGGAUCAGUUUAUGCCCAUGCACAUGCUUGUGACCACUGAAAUAUUUCAGAGAAAACAUCUGAUGUUCUCAAGUUGGACAGUGACUACAUCCUUAAAGAUGCCUGAAGGCACAUUCUGAACCACACACACACACACACAUUUUGAGGACAUACUUGCCUGAUGAAUCCCUUAGGGCUCUGGUAUACAAACACUCCAAGCUAGCUGGCGGGAGUUGCCAUGCCAACCAUAACUGCCAUCCGGGAGAGUUCAGUUGCCAUACAGGUGGUAACCAUGGCAUUGCACUUCUCGUGGGUGUCUUUACUGGCGGCCAUAGCAGUGGCAAGUAAUGAUGAUGUUAUUCCUCGCAUCAGCUUCCCAUACAACUCUCAGGAGCGUGUUGUCAGAAGGUUCUCUCCGGCUGGAGUGUUCAACUACACCUCACUGCUGCUCAGCCAAUCAAAAAACACGCUUUAUGUGGGAGCCAGAGACACGCUAUUCGCCCUCAACGUCAAUGACAUCACCUCACACACACAACAAAAGAACCUGUCAUGGGAAACACCAGAGAAGAAGAGAAAGGAGUGUGGCUUCAAAGGGAAAGACCUGCAGAAAGACUGCUUCAACUACAUCAAGCUCUUACUGCGUCUGAACGACACGCACCUGUACGUGUGUGGAACCUACGCUUUCAGCCCCACCUGCACUUACAUUAAUGCCGCUAGUUUUUCCCUGCUGAAGGAUGAGCAGGGGGAGGUUCUGAUGGAGGAUGGGCGCAGCCGCUGUCCCUUCAGCCCAGAGUACCAGAACACUGCUGUCAUCGCAGAUGGGAUGCUGUACACUGGGACUGUGAGUAACUUCCAGGGCAAUGAGCCGACCAUCUCUAAGAGCCUGGGCACUGGAGCUGCUCUCAAAACGGACAACUCCCUCAACUGGCUGGAGGAUCCAGUAUUUGUGGGAUCUGCGCACCUGCCAGGGAGUGAUGGAGAUGAUGAGAUUUACUUCUUCUUCAGUGAAACAGGAAGAGAGUUUGACUUCUUUGACAACACCAUUGUGUCCCGUAUAGCACGUGUCUGUAAGGAUGAUGAGGGUGGUGAGCGGGUCCUUCAGAAGAAGUGGACAACAUUCCUGAAAGCCCAGCUGCAGUGCUCUCUUCCUGAGGACGGCUUCCCCUACAACAUCAUACUGGACGUGUACAUACACACUGCGCCCAGCCGAAAAAACACACUGCUGUAUGCUGUGUUCACCUCACAAUGGAAUAAAGGAGCAUGGGGUAGUUCGGCUGUGUGUGUGUUCAGCAUGGAGCACGUGGACAGUGUAUUUAAUGGCCGUUACCGAGAACUAAACCGAGAAACUCAACGUUGGACCACACACACACAACCUGUGCCAGAACCACGCCCUGGAGCAUGUGUAACCAGUGCUGUGAGGGAGACAGGCUUUGAGUCGUCCCUGCAGAUGCCCGAUAAAGUGCUAAACUUUGUGAAGGACCACUUUCUCAUGGAUGGAGUCAUCCGCAGUGCUCCGCUGCUAAGGACACAGAGUGUUCGCUACACACAGAUUGCAGUGCAGAGGGUUCAAGGUUUGCGCAAGGUCUACGAUGUGAUGUUCCUUGGGACAGAUGAUGGCCGCCUGCAUAAGGCUGUUAGGGCAGCUGACAAGAUGCAUAUUAUUGAGGAGAUCACACUGUUUCCAGGGCAACAGCCUGUACAACAAAUUGAAUUGGACAUAAGCAAGGGUGUGUUGUUUGUGUCCUCGUACUCUGGCGUGCUGCAGCUGAGUGUAAGUAACUGCUCGUCUCACCUGAGCUGCGGGGAGUGUGUGUUAGCGCGCGACCCCUAUUGCGCCUGGGCCGGAACACGCUGCGCUGACCUCACACACACACCUCCACAGAGCCAAUGGCAGCAGGACAUUGAAGAUGCAGACCCAUCCUCAUUGUGUAAGACUCCCACCCCACGCUCUGUGAAGUCACAGCACCCAGGCAUAUCUGCAUGUCAGGUGGUCGUUGUACCUGCCAACACCUUUCGAGUUCUUCCUUGCAAGCUUCGGUCUAACCACGCACACAGGACGUGGUCAUACAGCCCCAGCACGCGUCACUUCCUGUUUCCAGGCCCAGAGGGUGGGUUGGUGGUCGGUGGCAUAGAGGGGGUCGAGAGACUCUACUCCUGCUGGGCAGAGGAACGUGGCUUCCAGCAACUACUGGCCAAUUACUGUGUGAGGGCGGAACCGCAAAUUCAGAGACCCACUUCUAUUGGUCAACCAGGAGCACCACACCCCUUGGAGGAGGAGUCAGUCAUCCUGCCCGACCGGUCUCGCUCCCCAUGGUUGACUGCCAGGACUUACCGGGCAGAGCUGAUUGCCGUGUGUGUGCUCCUGUGUAUGUGUGUGCUGUGCUUUGGUGUGUGUGUGUUAUACGGCCGUGCGAGAGUGCCGCCCAUACAGCAACCAAAGCCGAGGAUUGUGGGUAAACCAACUGAGAGUUUGCCUCUGAAUGGGAGCUCUCUCCCAACCACUCCAUCUGAACUCAAGGGCUAUCAGACCCUGGAGGAGAACUACUGCACGCACACCCACUCUCUCUCACACAAACACCCACAGCCACACACACACCUGGAGAACACACACGUGUGUGAAAAACAGGAUCACGGAGACAGCUCUCCCAUCUGCCCAAGGCCUCGUGUCAGACUGGGCUCUGAGAUCAGAGACUCCAUAGUCUAGACACACACACACACAAAACACACACACACACACACACACACACACAGAGAGAGAGACAGACACACACACAUAUUCACACACAGUCUACGUGAAGGUGAGAUUCAGACACAGAAAUAGUGCUCUGCAAUGAAAAGUAUAGUGCUUUACCACCACAUAUCACUUAUGUGUUCACCUGUGUGGUUUUACCUCGUCAUUUUACUCUAAGCAAAACCCUGAUACUUCUAUAACAGAGCGUAAGGGGAGUGUUCAGAGACUGGACAUCACUACUUCUCUGAGUUGUACUGUAAUGUGCUCACACAGCUGAAGCUGAGCUUUUCAAUGACCAGUCUAAUGUUUCAGAGGCCACAGGUAUCUUCCUCAGCUUUCUAACCAUAGAGGAUCUAACACCAGUUAGAUCUGACCUGCCCUAACUAAAUGACCUGAAGUGCAUCUUAAACACAAAAAAGCACACAUUCUUUGAUGUGAUCUAUGACUUCCAUAUUUUCUUGGUAUUACCUUGUGAGACUGUUGAAUAUAUAGCACAAUGUUUGUAAUCAUUUGCACUGGCCUCUGGCAAGGACCUUGCGACUUACCACUGAAUGUAUGUGUACUAGAAGAGUAUAACAAGCUGUUAAUUCUAAUGUGAUGCUCACAGAUUAAGUCUUUGAAAGUAGUUUUUAUAUAUGUUCACAGUCCCUGCACUGAAAACAAAGGAUACAGGGGAUGCUGAGCUUGUUUGUGUGUUUUAGAGAAUUGUUUUCAUUGUAAAUUAGAAAUCUACUGUAAGUAUGCAGAAAUGACUCAGAAGAAUUCUCCAUUGAGUUUUACUCAUUUGUGAAUCUGGUGUAUACUGUGGUCGUAAGUACACACAGCUUUCUGUAGCUGUUCCCAACAGUAUUUUUCUUUUUCUUGGCCACACUCUCCAUCCUGGCCUCUUUCCUCUCUCACUCUCUCAUCCGACUCACAUGCAGACUCACCUACACACACAGUCGUGGUGCAUAAUUUGACUAAUUGAGUGAAAAAAGUAUGUGUGUUUGUGUGAAUUGUAUCGUAAGUUCUGAGCCAUACUGACAUCAUACUGUUGCUUGUUCUCCACUGUUCAUAACUGCACUUUAUUUGGUUCCUUACAUCCAAUGAAAAUGUUUUGGAACACAUUUUA